AUGCAGCCGCCGAGAUCGGUUCUGAGGAUGAAAAGACCAAAUUCGCCCUUAUCCCAACCUCCAACAACCCCUCCAACGCCCCAACUGCGUCAAUCCUUCAGCACAAUCCACAAAAAGCGCCUUUCCAGAAAACCUAGAAACAUUCUGCAGAAUCCCCAACCGCUCCCCUCCGCCGUCGACGACGUCAAAUGGAAACCCCUCAACAUCAGCAAGUCCGAGCUCUACCUGCCGCUCACUUUCCCCACCGGCCAAACCUUCCGGUGGAAAAAAACCGGCCCUUCGCAAUACACCGGCCCCGUCGGCCCACACCUCGUCUCCCUCAAGCAGCUCGAGGACGACGGCGUUGGAUACUUCUGUCACUUUACGGACGACGAAGAUGCAGCAAGAACCCAGCUUUUUGAUUUUCUGAACAUGGGCAUUUCGUUAAAUAAGAUUUGGGAAGAGUUCAAGGCCUCCGAUGAGAGGUUUUCUGAGCUGGCUCAGUAUUUGGAGGGCGCUAGGGUUCUGAGGCAGGACCCAUUGGAGUGCUUGAUUCAAUUUAUCUGCUCCUCCAAUAAUAAUAUACAGCGGAUUACGAAAAUGGUGGAUUUUAUUUCGUCCAAGGGGAAAUUCUUGGGGAGUGUGGGAGGUUAUGAUUUUUUCGAGUUUCCGAGCCUGGAAAGAUUGGCAUUGGUUUCGGAGGCUGAGCUUAGGGAGGCCGGGUUCGGAUACAGGGCUAAAUAUAUUGUUGGCACCGUGACAGCUUUGCAAUCAAAACCUGUGAGAGGUGUAGAGUGGCUUGCUUCUCUCCGUAAGUUAGAUCUUCAAGAGGCUAUCGAAGGUCUUUCUAGUUUACCUGGUGUGGGCCCCAAAGUGGCUGCAUGCAUUGCUCUUUUCUCUUUAGAUCAACAUCAUGCUAUUCCGGUGGACACUCAUGUAUGGAAGAUUGCAACAAGGUAUCUCGUCCCUGAGCUGGCGGGCACUCACCCGACACCUAAAACUUGCAUUCGUGUGGCGGAUGCUUUUGUGACCAAAUAUGGAAAGUAUGCUGGUUGGGCUCAGACUCUGCUUUUCAUUUCCGAGCUGCCUUCUCAAAAAGCCCUUUUGCCUUCAAGCUUCCACAGUACUAAUGUGAGAAGCUCGGUUAAGAUUCAAAUGGAUAUUCAAGCAACCCCAGAAACAAAGAAAUAUUCCAGAAAGAAAUGGAAAAAUGGCUGA